ACCAGACAUGUUUGCAAGUGUCAUUCCCUUGCUGAAAAAGACCCCUACGAAAAGUUCACCAAAAAUAGUUGUCUACGACAGUGACUUGCAUUAACAUUCACCAUUGCGUUUACCGAUUUGAGUGCAUUAAUUACUAAAUAUGCACAUUUAAUGUUAUCUUUUGGAGUAAUUAUUCUAGUAUUAUACAUAAAAUUAUCAAACAAAAAACAACCAUGUCUGCUCGUUUCUGUUCGUAUAUUUUUUAUUUAAAAAAAAAAAAACCGCUUAGUCCUGUUUCCGUUUCCGUACAAAUCAAAGGUCAAGGACUGUGAGGGGCGGAACUGCAAGUGACAGAUUCCAGCUGUUUCCAGUUCCUUAACCGCAUUCCGUGUCAUCGUCAAAUGAGGUACAGAGGGGACCUGUUAGUGGUUAAGUAUGGGAGUCGUUUUUGCCGAUCUCAGAUCUCAGGGCGAUACAGGUCAGAUGUUCUUGCUACGCGGUUGUACUGCAGCCAGAGCCCAAAGGACCCACCCAGCAAACCUCCGUUGCUGCAGACCAGCAUGAACACCUUGCAGAAGGUGACCGAAGUGGGUAAACAAUUUGGGCAGGACAGUGCCAAGCAGAUAGCAACAUCCACAAACUUAUUGUGGUCGAGAUAUGAAGAGUUUGUGGGUCUGAACGAAGUCCGGGAGGCACAGAAUAAAGUCACAGAGGCUGAGAAGGAGUUCAUGGUGGCCAGAGGGAUCGUCCGAGAGUCCCAUGAGAGCCUGGAGACUCUGCAGGUGAAACUGAAAGAGGUUCGGGAUCGGCUGGACCGAGUCUCCAGAGAGGAGGCCCAUUACCUGGAGCUGGCCACCCUUGAGCACAAACUGCUACAGGAAGAGCGACGUCUCCGGACUUCGUAUGAAAACGCGGAAGAGUCUGAGCGUGUGAAGUUCUCUUUAUUUUCAGUGGCGGUGCGGGAGAGCCACGAGAAGGAGCGUACGAGGGCCGAAAGGACAAAAAACUGGUCCGUCAUCGGCUCUGUACUGGGGGCCUUGAUCGGGGUGAUGGGUUCCACCUACAUCAACAGGGUGCGUCUACAGGAACUGAAAAACCUGCUGCUGGAGGCCCAGAAAGGACCAAUAAGCCUUCAGGAAGCCAUCAAGCAGCAGGCUGCCAUGCACAACUCCCAACAGGAAGAGCUGAGUAGUCUUAUCACCAACAUGCGGAGAGCGGUGGGGGAGGGUGUGAAAGUAGAGGCACCAGCCAAGCCAUGGAUACCCACAGUAAGCAAGCCCACUGAGGCUGCCCAGCCCUCUGAGGCUGCCCUCAAAGAGCAGCUAAUCUACAGCAAGAAGACCCAAAGCCUAGUGGAAGCCCUCCAGCCUAAAUUACUGAAGGUGGAGCAGACCAUGGGUAGGAUGGUGUCCGAGCUGCAGUCGGUGAGGGUGGCUGUCCAGUCUCGCCCCACGGAGAGACCCAUUAUAAGGGCAGAGGAGGUGCAGGUCUUGGAUGCGGAAGACGUUCUGAGCGGAUUAGCCGAAACGGAACAGAGGAUAGAGGCACAAAUGCAAAAAAACAUGGUGUACAGCACAGUGCUGACAUACACUGCCUUUGCAUUGACACUACCUGUACUCUAUUUCAUAUUCAAAGGCAAUUGAGAAACAGUGAUAUAGGGGGUUAUCCUGCAUCUACCCAUACAUACACUGGUCCAAACAAUCAGAGAAAGCAAUAUUCAGUAUAUGCACACAGGCACACAAUUUCAGUAUUUCAAUGUAUAUGUGUCCGGUGUGAUCACAUAUAAUUGACGUACAGUAUGGAGGAUGGACAAAAAGACAGGUAUGGAAGGAAACAAUUGGGCCCCUGUUCACCAUUAUAGACUGUAAUAUUAUUAUUAUUAUUAUUAUUAUUAUUAUUAUUAUUAUUAUUAUUAUUAUUUAUUUCUUAGCAAACACCCUUAUCCAGGGUGACUUACAAUUGUUACAAGAUAUCACAGUAUACAUUAUUUCACAUUAUACAGAUAUCACAUUAUUUUACAUACAAUUACCCAUUUAUACAGUUGGGUUUUUACUGGAGCAAUCUAGGGGAUUGAACCAUAUAUUUAUAUAUUACCAUCCCAAGAUUGUUCUCCCUUAAUUGUUUAUAGCUGUGUAUGUGGAGGUGAAACCCAUACUUGUGCAAGACCUUAAACUCCACAAGACUAAUGAAAUGUUGUUACCUUUAGUGUGUUGUCGUUCUUUAUGCAGGUUUCAGAUUAUAGUCUUUGAAAGCAACACAUGCAAACUGUUUUUUUUUUUUUAUAUGGAAGUAAUGUGAUUUUGAAUUCCUCUUGGGAACUUUCACAUCUUGUUCUAACUUGGGCGAAUUGCACCAUCAUUUUGAUCUGGUAUUGAAGAGGAUAUGCUGUCGUCCUUGUGUCAAAGGAUCUCAGUCACUGUCUUAUUAUCAUACCAGAGAUUAGGGACAGUUGUUUAAUUGAUUACUAAGCAUGGUGUAUCAGAAGGUCUCAGGGUUGAUUGAAUUUCAGGAAAAAGAAGGUAGAGUGAUCUACCUGUUUUGAACCCCAGGACAGUUGAUAGUUGAUAAUGCAGUUGAAUGACUGAAGGAAACCCGAGUAAGGAAGAGGUUCCCAGUAUAUGUAGGUAACUGAAAGGUCUCAAAUAGCUGGCCUCUAAUUGCUUUCAAAUAUUACAUACUAAAAUGUGUUUUAAAAAUCUGAGACUUGAAUCGGGGAUGACAGUACGCUUAAGGUAAGUACUUAUGGAGUAAAUGAGUCACUUUACUGAAUGCAUCGGACAUUGUCAAGAUGUAAAAGAAAUUAAAGAAACCAUUAUCCUCCCAGUUAAGGUGUUGCACUGGGGUUUCAUCAGUAUAGCCCACUUUGAUUUAAUCCUCACUUAUUAAUCUUUAUAGCGAUUGAUUGUGUGCAUUUCAGUGCCAUGUGUUCCCAGUAUCAAAGGUCAUGUUAAACCCAUCCCCAGGGCCAGGUUCAAGGGUUUUGACUCUGCAGUAGAGCUGGGCCAAAAUGUCAGAAUGUCCCAACAAACAUUUUUUAUAUGUAUUCAAGGGCAUUUUUGGGGGAUAUGUAUAAAACAGAAGAUCAUCACAGCAACUCUUGGACCCCUAUUUACUUCUGGCUGCUAAAAAACUUCAGCAUUACAGUCUAGGUUAGGCUGCACAUGUAACACUAGCUGCCAAAUAGUGAUCUUUACAUACAUGUGAAGUUGCCGGUGCUGCUUCAGAUUUGGGAAUCACAUCUCCGUUUCUGUCUGCAGCAUAUUUUUUGUAUAGUAAAGUAAAGGUCUCAAAGGAGAAGGAUACUGCUCACCACUAUAUACAGUAAAACCUGCAUCUAACAGGAAUGCAAGGGGAUAGUCUAUAUAUGGGUGAUUUAACAAAGUGAAAUAUGUACUUGCAUGGGUAUUCAUCUGAGUGAUUGUUAUAUAUUGGUGAUAUAACUGGAAAUGCAUAUUUAUUCAGGUGGCCUUUAGUAUAGGUGCGAGUAUAUACAAAAAUAUACAGUCAAUUCUCAUUAAUAUGAAUUUCAAAGGACCAGCAAAUGUUUUUAUUAUCAGGAGUCUUAGCCAAAUGCCUACUGUCAGUUUUUAUUGCAGUUACAGUAACACUGAAAUCCAAUUUAAAUUACAGAACAAUCAAAAGUAUUAUACAUUUAAAAGUACUGUGCAAUUUUUUUUUUUUAAAUACAGUUGUAAGUGAACUUUUAAAAAGUAUACAUUGCAACUUGAAAUCUGCAUGCCCCGUUCUGAUCACGAGCAUUUUUAAACGACACAAGCAAGGCGUCCUCAACAUCAGGGUAUUGAGCAAUUUGGAAACGCUGACGACUUGCAUCCACAGUUUGCUGUUCAUAGCCUGUAUUAUUGCACCCCGUUUUUUCAGAAUGGUUGACAAAGUGUUUGCGGGAAUGUUGAAAUCUGCAGCAACAUCUUUCUUUUUCUUGCACGGUGGUGCACUAUCCAUCGCUUUCAACACCUCCACUUUUGUCUGCAAGGAUAGAGCACGUUUCUGCACGGCUUCAUGGAAAUGGCAUUGAUGCAUUAGCACUAUGGCAAGUCAAAAUGCACCAUAGGAUCUUUAGUCCCAAAACAGCACUAAAAUAUGCUAAUCUGGUUACAAGUUAAUACAUUUCCUGAAUAUCCUUUAUUCAGCUGUUCAAAAUGUUCUUUCCGGAGGAGGCUCCAAAAUAAUUUGCAGCAGCAAGACAUUUUUGUAAGUGAAUUGGUAUUAUAAGAAGUAAUUUACAAUAAGCGACUGAUACAUUUGACCGGGACCAUGUAUAAACUUCGUAGUGUCAGGAAAUUCCUCUAAUCUUGAGUUUGUUUUAUAAUGAGAAUUGAUUAUAGAUGCCUUUAAGAUGUAAUGAGAAUGCAGUAGUUAUGUUGUGCCUUAGUAAGCCGACGCUCUGCACUGUUCUCCACUGGUGGAGUUCGUUCAGACCUUCCAGUCGGACUUCAACAUGUUGCUUUAUCUCAGGCAGGCAGGCCAGGGGGUUAGUUAGGUGCUUAUGAGAUAUGUGGUAUGAAGAGACAAGUUCCUUGUGUAGUGGGGCCUGUUCACUACACUUUUAACUUUCACUUUGGUUUAAGACUGUUUGGUAAAAGGAUAAUUCAGAUCAUCUCAGUUUUACUUAUAUUUAAUAUUGUACUUUGAUUAUAGCUCCUUACAGAUUAUUUGUUUAUUCUGCUAAAAUCAUUAUUUGCCUUGGUUACUGACUACUCCUGCAAAGAUUGCUUCUGAAAGAUAUAUUUUUGGAAUUUCAAAAACACUGGAAUUAAGUAUGUUUGUUCUAUUCAAAAAAGGCAGUGCACUUGUUAAAAAAAUUAAAUGAAUGUACAAAAUAAGGUUAUACAAAACGAUUAUAUAUAUACUGUGUGUGUGUGUAUAUAUAUAUAUAUAUAUAUAUAUAUAUAUAUAUAUAUAUAUAUAUAUAUAUAUAUAUAUAUAUAAUUUCAUCCUAUUUUAAGGCCCUGUGCACACUAUGCCUUUAAUCCGUAUUAGUUGCAUUUAAGAUGGCUUAAAAGUGCUAAAUACGGUUUGUGUCCACACUACGCAGCAUGUAAUACCGUACUCGAGAACCGGACUUGAGACCACCUCAGGAGGUAGUCUCGAGUCCGGUUCUAAUUAGAUCGCAUCAGGUAGUGUGGCUUAUCAGAAGUGUGGACGCUGUAAUACCAAACUACAUUUUUUUGUGUAUCCUCCAAUAUCCCAAAAUGCUUUGUGGUAUGUUUGGCGAAAUACUCAGAGCAGGCGCCAGAAGGACUUGCUAUCAGUGUACACGCCGCACUAGGUAUUCAUUUUUAUGCGUCAGCUCUGUUUGAAAUAAAAUUAAGAGGACCAGAAUUAGGCUCAGGCAAGAUAUGAAGGUAAAAACAAAGAUUGUUUUGUAAUUAACAGCUUUUUCUGAAUUUAAUUAUAAAACAGAAUCAGCUCAAUGUGUUUAAAGGGACUUCACCUGAUUAAAAAUAAAACCUGGAAACUUCAA